UCAUUGUAUAGGUGGUUUCUAUUUUAAAGAAAAUGCUAACAAAAAUUACUCAUACUGAUUAAUUUGUUGGAAGAAUUACAUUCGAUAAAGUUAUCAUAACUGAUGAAGUAACAUUUUUGUAUGAUUAAUUUUUUAUUAAUGCAAUUGAAAUCGUGAAGUAUACGAAGAUGCCCGCGUGUAUUCUUUAAAUAGUAAUUGUAUAGCGGUGAUGCGUGAAGCAUGUGUAAAAUGUAACAUUGUUUGUGUUCAACAAAAAGCUAAUUGAUAUUUCAUGUUUUUUCAUAAAUAUUGGUACUCGUAAUGUUGAUGACUAAUAAAAAGGAAGUAACAACAGCAAAAUAAAAUUUAGGCUACUUAUUAUAAAAUGGUUUCUUCUGGUAAAGAAAGUUUUGUUUGCAUGCCUACGCUUCGUCUAAAAUAUCUGCAAUGUUACAUCGAUCUGAUAAUGAAAAAAAUAAUGUGUACGUGAAUAGUAUAAUUUUGCACACAUGUAUAUCUGUAAUACAGCAAGUAGAAUGGGAAAGCAAAACGGAUCGUGUUGGUGGUUUGUAAAAGCCGUGAAAUGGAUACCAGUUAUUUUCAUCUUGACGAUUGUCUUAUGGUCAUAUUAUGCUUAUGUGGUGCAGUUAUGUUUUUAUACAGCAGAUAAUUAUGUUCAAAAAGUAUUCUACUUGUUUUUCUAUCAUGUUCUAUUUUUCUUAUUCUUAUGGUCUUAUUGGCAAACUGUAUUUACAGACUUGAUAGAAAUACCAACUAAGUUUAGAAUACCAGAUGUAGAAAUGGAGAAAUUUCAGCAGGCUGAAACUGAAGAGGUACAGAGACAAAUCUUAGAAAGAUUUGCACAAGAUCUUCCAAUCACAAAUCGCACUAUAAAAGGAGUAAUACGUUUUUGUGAAAAAUGUCAGUUAAUUAAACCAGAUCGAGCACAUCAUUGCAGUGUGUGUAGUACAUGUGUUUUAAAAAUGGAUCACCAUUGUCCAUGGGUAAACAAUUGUGUAGGUUUUCACAACUAUAAAUUUUUCAUGCUGUUCCUGGCAUAUGCUCUUCUGUAUUGUAUAUUUAUAACUGCUACAUCUUUACAAUACUUUAUAUGCUUUUGGAAAGGGGAGUUGGAUGGAAUGGGUAGAUUUCAUCUACUUUUCUUAUUCUUUGUGGCAUUGAUGUUUGCUCUUAGUUUAAAUUCUCUUUUCUUUUAUCACUGUUACCUUGUUUUACACAACAGGUCUACAUUAGAGGCAUUCACACCACCCAUGUUUCGUACAGGGAAGGAUAAAGAUGGUUUUAGUCUUGGAAAAUACAAUAAUUUCCAAGAAGUAUUUGGUGAUAAUCCUAAACUAUGGUUCCUUCCCAUUUUUACUAGUCUUGGAAACGGUGUCACCUAUCCGGUACGUGCGCAACAUCAAGGCACACCCAAUACUUACGACUCCAUGGGCAGUACUCGAAACAGUUUUGGAGAUGGGGUAAACUUUCCUGAACGGCUGUGCGAUGAAGACACACAUACUCUAUUGGGACCUACUACCCAACAAUGGGGUGAUGAGACCGAGCUUGAUUCUCCACCUCCUUAUGGGUCACAAUCAGGUCCACCUUUGAUCAAAUGACUUUGGUAGAAGAAGCUACAAUUUUGGCUCUUGGCACUGGCACUGCUGUGAUAGGGUCAACUGCUGAUGCUAACCAGCCACUGGUGGAUGCAACUGAACUUGUUUGAGAUACCAUUUUCCAGUUGUGUUGUAUGCUUUUGACAAAUGUUUAGCGGUAACAGAUUUUCAUUUCAAAAUGUUUAUGUAAAUCCUUUGUGUUUGUCAUUUUUAAUUUUAAUUAUGUAAUUUAAGAGAAAAUUGAUAAGAAAUAUUUCAUUGUCUUUACUAAUGACUCACAAAUUAAGUACAUUUCACUAAAGUUUUAUUGUUUGCUAUUUUUGUUCUAUUUAGUAAAAUAAUUUUAUGUACAGAUACAAAGGAUUAAUACUAAGAUCAUAUACAUUACAUUGGAAUCUUCAUUUUUUGUUUUUUCAUGUACAUAUUAUAUGAUUUAAAAAAAAAAUUAGAAGCAAAUGUAUGUAGGAUAAGUUGCACAAAAUUUUUAACGUUUCAUGUAUAUAUAAUAUUGUUGGUAGUGUAGCUAUUGUUAUGUAUGAUAGCAUAUAUAAUUAGUGUUACAAUUUAUAAUGGCAUAGUUUAUAAAUAAUAAGUUGCUGAUUAAAAUUUCUGUCACCAAAAUGUAGAGCAUGAAAUAAUUUGGUGAUAAAUGUAAAUUUUCAUAGUUAAAAAACGUUACUAUUACAAAUGUAAUGAUAGCAUAAAAUUUUACUUUGAAGGAAUAAUGAACUGUUGCACAGGUAAUAGUGUAAGGGUCUACCCAAAAUCCCAUUUCUCAACUAUCUGUGGUUAUAACAUAUUGCUUGUUUUCAUUGAUUUUAAGAUUUUAAGCUCUGUUCUUUGUAGAUUUGGAGACUACCCUGUGCUAACUCUGAGAUGUGCUAUUAAAUAGAAAAAUAAUAUCUAUAGUUUUUUUCAAAUAAAAAACAUUACAGAAUAAAUAAUAGAUCAAUAUAA